CUGUUGCUUUGCCGCCAUUUAAGCUGUCGGCACAAUAAUCCAAUUAAGAGGUAUAAAAGAAAAUGCGUAAAUUCACGGCGUUUGCAUGUGGCACCGGUGCUGGCCUAGCAGCUUAUUAUUUUCAAAGAUUACGUGAUCCACGCCAGACGGUGCACAACUCAUGGACGAACAGCGAGAAGGCGGUGAGUGAGUGCGCACUCUGGGAUACCAAUUGGGAUUUUCGUGAUCCCAAAAGCUUGGUGCGGCCACUGAAAAACGAUUUGCCACAGGAACAAAAUCGCUACAACAGUGAGCUAGAGAAACAGCAGGUUAAGUAUCCGCGCCAUAUAAUACUCAUACGUCAUGGUGAGUAUCUGGAUGAGGGUCCCUGCGAUGACAAUCAUCAUUUGACGCAACGUGGGCGCAUGCAGGCCAAGUACACAGGAGAGCGCUUACACCAGCUGGGCAUCAAGUGGGAUAAGGUCAUUGCGUCGAAUAUGACGCGGGCGCAGGAAACUGCAGACAUUAUACUCAAAGAGAUAGACUUCGAUAAAGCGAAAGUCAAGAGCUGCUCCUAUUUACGCGAGGGCGCACCCAUACCGCCACAACCGCCGGUAGGCCAUUGGAGGCCCGAGAAAUCGUUCUUUCGCGAUGGUGCUCGCAUUGAGGCCGCCUUUCGCCGCUACUUCCAUCGUGCCUAUCCAGAUCAAGAAAAGGAAAGCUAUACGCUCAUCGUAGGCCAUGGCAAUGUUAUACGCUACUUUGUCUGCCGUGCGCUACAAUUUCCGGCAGAGGCCUGGCUACGCAUCAGUAUCAAUCAUGCUUCAAUCACCUGGCUAACAAUCAGUCCAUCGGGCAAUGUAUCCAUCAAGUACUUGGGAGACUCUGGCUUUAUGCCACCCAGUCAUCUCACUAAUCGCAUACCUCGCGAUGCGAAGAAUGUGGUCUAGUCUGUGUUCAGUAUCAAAAACAUUUUCUUUUAUAAGCACUUUGUAUGUCUCGUUCUUUAUUUAUGAAACUGAAAUCAAAACAAAGCAAUCAGCCGUCUCAUAAGCAAUUAAAAU